UCCAUUACCCCAACUGAGAUGAAGUGUCUCCUGGUAACGAUUGCCUGGGUAAUAAGUUGCUCUAGUGUAAGUGCCCUGGUGCACUAUGUAAAACUGGAGAAAGGCGAAAAGGGCUGCAAGUCGCCUAAAGGUGCCGAGAUGGCUGUGGGUGAUAUCGAGCAGGAUGAUAAGUCUUGCGGAGCUUAUACGUGCCAAAGUACGGAAGGCGAUGCUUUUGUCCACUUUUGUCAAAUACCGGCCACUUUUGCGGAGUGUGUUGAAACUGCCGUUCUGACGAAUGUGGAUUUUCCGCAAUGCUGCUGGACAUGUGCCGCCUGGACGAAAUGCGAUGGAUCUGGUGGGGAUGGUGCUGCUGGAGGAGAAAAACCGGAAGGUGGUGGCGAGGGUGAAGCCGGGGGUGGCGAGGGUGAAGCCGGAGGUGGCGAAGGGGCUGAAGCAGAAGCCCCCGCUGCAGAAGGCCGUAGAACAGGUGGUAAAUAUGUUAAAGCUCCUGAUACUACAACUACUGUUAGGGAUACUACAACGGAAAGGGUAAAAACCCGCACCAAGGGAAAGGGAGGCUCCAAGAGAAGCACUACCAAACCGGAUGAAUCUGAGUUUCCCGAAGAAAACUUAAAUAUUAAGUUUGGCGGUGGAUCCCCAAUCUCCAAGUUCGGUGAGGACAGCAUAUAAAUUCGAUUGUCCCUGGUAUUUAUUAGUUUUAAGCCUCGACAUUGCUCGAUUUCGACCAUAAAUAAAUGACAC